AUGACCGCCGUUGCGUCGUCAUCAUCCUCCCUAGCGCCCUCGGGAACAGCGCCAUCCUCUUCAACCUCGCGUUUGGAGCCUCUUCUCCUCGUGGCGAGAUCAACAAAGCCACGCGGUGCCGCAGCGGCCAGUCUGGUGCAGCAAGCCAUCGCUGCUCCCGGCGUCUUCUUUUUUGCCGAGCUCUUUGACGUCGCAGGCGUUGCUGAGCUGGCCUCAUCUUCCGACUCAGCAUCGUCCUCACAGCUUCAGAUAGCGUACCAGCUUCUGUGUCUCUUCGCAUACGGUACAUAUAGCGACUAUCUGCAUCUCGUCCAGUCUGGCGCCAUCCCCGAACUGUCGAGAGACCAAAUCCAAAAGCUGCGACAGCUCACCCUGCUGUCACUCGCCUUUCAGCACAAGUCGCUUCCCUACGCUACUCUGUACGGAUCCCUAGGUGUCCAAUCCAGCAAUAGCAGAGAGCUCGAAGACCUCAUCAUCGAAGCUAUCUACGCCGGGCUGAUCUCAGGAAAGCUCAACGAGCUCCAGACGCGCUUCGAAGUACACCAUGUGCAAGGCCGAGACUUCCCGCAUCCAUCAAUCCUCUCGCAGCCUGCGCUCGCCGCUUUACCUUCCAUCGCAUCCAGCACAGGCAUCUCGCAGCUCGACAGUGUUUUCACGUCACUGCAAAACUGGCAGGCCACCACCGUCUCUGUUCUGGAGAGCCUCCAAGCGCGUAUGGAUAGCACACGCUCCAGCGCCGCCGACUCCGAACACCAGCGCCAGCAACACCGCCGAGCGCUGCUACACAACUUGGUCGAGGCACAGCAAGAGCUGGAACAACAGCAACAGCAACAGCAGCUGAGAAAAUCCAAGGGGCCGGCAAACGCAAUGGAGAUUGACGACGACAACCCGCGCUCUGCAGCGAGGAAGAAAGCCGCUGUCGCUGGAGCCAGAGGCAACAAGCGGUCUCGCGCCUGA